AAUAAUAAGUACACGUAGAAGUCCUCGCCGAGAUAUUCCCGAACUCUUCGCUCUCUCUGUCAUUAUCCGUCUUCUGUUGCAUCAUUUCAACGAGAGAGAUUAUGGUGUAUUUGGAUAGAGAAAGCGCUGAUGCUGCCGCUGUUCCUGGAAACAACCCAAUUCUCUCAUCAUAGAUGUCGCUUUCUCACGAGACCGCAGCGAGAGCCGCACCGUUAUGUGUCGUUUCAGCCACGUCAUCAGAAAGAAAAAUCAUGUAAACGGCGAAACGGUAUAUGUCGCCCUCGCCAAUCCAUCACUCCUAUCUACGUGCGCAGGUGGGCACUUCCUCAGGUGCCCAGGAGACAUUCGACGUACAUCUCAAGUUUCUGCCCGUUCCCGCAGUGACAAAACGAGACAGGAAGGGUCGACGGUUUAUGGCGUGGAGGGGCCUCGACUCCGAUCCUGUAUUAUCGUACUGUACCUAGGUAAGUAUGAAAGGGUGGCGUUUCGGCGGGAACCCUUCCCUCGCAAUCUGCAUAUUUUGGCACCCAUGUUUUCAACGGGUUGUUCUGGCCGGUCUCGUCCCGAAACCUGCGGGUGCCUGUGUGGUGAAUGGCAUGGAUCUCGUGGACGCGGUCGGCGUCGGGAGACUUUCCUGGAUUUCAUGGUUGCCCAGAUCAUCAUGUGAAACUAUGUGUGAGAUGCACCGAGCCGGGCGGUUGUACAUGCGCGCAGAUGUCCACGGGUGUCCUGG